UCCCAGCCAGACAGAAUGCGUCAAAAGUGUAUCCAUCUCAGAGUCUAGAGACUAGAGACUAGAGCAUCUCCUCCGCAAUGUCCGCCCUGAAAAUGUCAGUCUUUGUCGCGAUCGCAAUCGCCCUACUGGGUCUAGCCACGUCUGGUGAGGCCAUCAGCCGGCCCCUGCCUCCCUACGUGGGCCUGCCCAGCCAGGACAGCCUCACGCACCUGUUCCUGACCUCGCGGGUUACGCGUCGCGAUCCCUUCGCCUCGGUGGCCUGUUUCGGCGGCUACAUCGGCGAGUCCAACACCAUAACGGAGCUCUACAGUGGCGACUACAGCGGCUGCGCCAAACAGGCCGCGGACUCGCGUCAUGGCAUCGACACCGACUUCCUGCCCACGCGCCGGAGCAUCGAGAGGAGUGGCGAGCGCGUCUGCCAGGAGCUGAGGGCAUGCAACACGAUCAACGGCACCCUCGACUCCCUCAACUGCCACGCCAAUGUGGGCUCCAACAACACGGUCUCCACCUACAGCAUCUCCGGCAACGCCACAGAGUCGGCCAGCAUUCUGCAGGAGCGCUACCGGGUGGUGGACCUCCAUCACGAGCAGUGCGUCCGCAAGGCGGAGCGUCGCUAUGUGGAGUCCACGGCCAGGAACUACAACUACCUGCAGGCCUGCCUGGAUGGACGGGCGAAGCCGAAGCCCAUGCCCACCAGUACCAGUACGAGUACUACCACGACCACAACCACCACCACCACCACAGAGGCUCCCGCAACAGAGGCGCCCACCACCACCGACAGUCCCUUGAACAUGGAGGAUCAGUUCAAGCAGCUCCUAAACUUGUUGAACUAGUCACGGGGGUCAGGGAGAACCACUUUCUAGGGGAAGGGUUUCCGAAUUAAACAACUACUUGGAAAACGAGAAAACAAA